CAUGCACGUCUUUUCUCAGUGCUCUUUCGUGUUAUAAGGUCGUGAUUACACCAUUGAUCACUGCCUCUCGAUCUUGCUGCCUGCCACCACGAAGCGCGGAUUUCUCCUGGGCAAGUCACUCAACGCUGAUCCUGGAGUGGUUGACCCGCCUCGAGCGUCCGCUGUAGAGAAAGAGGCGGUCUGCGAUGCAAGCAUGCAGGUGUCCAUUCCGGAGAGCAAGGCAACUCCUCGUACAAACAUGAAGCGUGGUUUCCUGAAAGGCAAGUCACUCAACACUGGCAAUGAGCCAAUCAUCAAAGUGCAAACACGGAUUACACCACCUCCGGCCCCUAAUGCGAAGACCGUCGAUGGAUUUAUACCCAUGCCAUGUGGUCCAGCCUCAACCAGUCGCGAUGCUCCCUUGGUCGGAACUCUCCCGCCUGACAUGUCGCACCGCAUCGCAGUAACCCUGCCGCCCAGAGAGCUCUGCGGCACUGAGAGGAUGACUACAACCUUACUCUUUCCGGGAAUGAAGGAGGCUAUCCUCGCCCUUCCUGGCUUCCCUGCCCCUCUCACUCACACCGCGGAGAGCUUCGAGAUCGGCCCAAUCAAGGGCAAAGGCCUCGGUAUGUUCGCCACUGCCGACUUCGACACGGGCGAUCUCAUCAUAUGUGAGCGCCCGUUGUAUGUCUCGACCGUUGUCCAGCCGUUCUCCUUGCGUCCGGGGGACCCAACCGCGAAUGAUGCUAUCGUAGAGCUGCUGUCACGCAUGUGCGAGUAUGAUCGGCGCAUGUUCUACUCGCUCCACAACUGCAAAGGCAACGAUUGCCCGCGGGAGCAGGGCAUCAUCGACACGAAUGCAAUCAACGUUGGCGCGCUACCUGGGUACGAUGGAGCCUGUGCAGCCAUCUACAUUGACGUCUCGCGGAUCAACCACAGCUGCACUCCGAAUGUGAUAUCGCGAUGGGAUCUCUUGGCAUUUACAAUGGAGAUCCGUGCAUUGACGCCGAUUCGCAAGGGAGAGGAAAUCACGAUGUCGUACAUGGAUAAGACUGCCCCUCGCGCCGAUCGCCAGAAGGAGCUGAAGGAGAAGUACGAUUUUAUCUGCAGAUGUCCCUCCUGCAGCCUAACCGGUGCUGCGGCCAAGGAGAGCCACAUUCGGCUCGCGACGAUCUACCGCUCCGCAGUGACACCCUACGACGACGACGAGCUGGAAAAAUGGAUCAACGAUGUGUCCGCGCCGGAGGAUAAGAUCACAAAAGCGUGUCUGUUUGUGCUCGACAUGAUGGAGAAGGAGAAAUACUUCAACGAGAAGGUGUGGGCAGUGCGGUCCCAGCGCUUGUGCAAGGCGUACUGUGCGAUGGAGAAGCUGGAGGAGGCGAAGAAGUGCGCGAUACAGGCGGCGAAGAUCUGGAAGGCUCUCGCAGGAAACGACGGGGGUUGGCUCGCCGUCGCGGAGGCGCCGCAGAAGACGAAAUACUGGGGUUUGCGGACGAAGAAGAUCAGAGAGGCAGAGCGGGCCAACGCUCAGGAAGCUUGAACCAGAGUGGUCGUGCCCGGGCGGCCGAAACUCGUCAUCCGGGAUACAGGAAAUGCGUUACGCAAGGUAGGAACUUCACUGGAGCGCUGUGUCCUGCUCUGUAUUUGUAUUCUCUGUCCAAUGACGGCAAAAUCUCAUACAUGUCCCAGAGAUACGCAAAUUCAGAGUCGUAAGAAUAACAGCCUGGCAUGCGCGUGCGUGCGUGGGAUGCUGGACGAGGGACAGAAC